UGUUGCGUGGGAGCAGGGAAGCGCAGAGUAGCGAAGAGAAGCCGAGACGAGGGAGGGAGGGAGGAAGGGAGGGAGGGAGAGACAGGAGGACAGCAGUCAGAGCAGCUCGGGGAGGAGUUGGUGUAUGACUGACGACGGUGGGGGCGGAGGACGAGAAGGACGAGAAGGAUUGCGUGACGGGAGCUCGGAAGCGCAGGGAAUUGCCGAGGUUGGAGAGGAGAGGAGAGGAGAGGAGAGCGCGGGGCGGAAUUCGAAGGAAUUCGUGUGAUCGACCCGAUUCGGCGCUGAUUCGGAUUGGUGGAGAAGGACGGGGUGAUGAGCGGGAGGUCGAACAGGGAUGAGAAUCUGAGCAGCAGCAGAGGUUGCGCGUGGUACGAACUCCGCGAGGGUAGGAGAAAGUGGUGCAUGCGUUUGGAGCUCUGCCGGGUGGAAUCCUUGCGGGCGUGACAUAGGGCGCGGGAGCGAUUGGGGGAUAUGCUUUUGUAGAUAGGAGCUCAGUCGACGGGACCAAUGAAGAUAUCUUCGAAAUCUCGGGACGCCGAUGCGCACCUAGGGUCCAUGGAGAUCGGCACCCCGCUGCAUUCGAGACUCAAGACCUUCCCCUCCACGAGAAAGCGACUGAAUGUCGAAACGGAAGAGAGCUACAGACAAGACGAGUCGAUGGUGGUCACGCCUCCGAAUGGAACCAGGACGCCAGCCCGUCUGCGUCUGUCGGUGAGCAGGAAGUCUCGAGAGUCGAGAACGUACCCAGAAUAUGAGGAUGGUCACGAUGGCUACGACGCUCCCUACGUUCACGAUGCUCACGAUAGUGACGGUAGCCUGAGAGAAGAGUAUCCCAUGACGGAUCGCAGGCGAGCAUUGUUUGAGCCUCUGGGACCUGCAAUGAGGGGUCCUCGAGACGGCUCGCCCGACAGUUUACUUCCUCCUCCCGACUUCGAGACCGCUUCUUAUCCUCGAGGCUGGGUGGUGGGAAAGAAACGCAAGCUCGUCAAUGUGGAUGUCGUGGAGAGCAUGCGCCGGAUUGCAGUACAUGAGAUGAACCGGAAGGAUCGUGAGAUCAACGGGCUGAAUGAACAACUGGAAGAGGAUGCUCGUACCAUGGAACAUUUACAGUUGCAGCUUCAGUCGGAGCGCAACAAACGUGUCCAGACUGAGCGAGAAAACAACAUGUUGCAAGGGCAAGUGAAGAUGCUCAUGAACAUGCUAAACGAAGCUGAGGAAGGCGAUGACAUGCACGGGUAGUGGGUACAGCUUGUUCUCAGGAUUUUUCUCAAAGAAGUGGAGGUAGGGUGGGUUUUGUACACAUAAACGACUUUUUAGAGAACGGACUCGCAGGUAUAUUCAUUUAGUUGAGUUAUUCGGGGGAUGGUUGGGACUCAGUAUAUAUGUAGCCAAACCUUGUUGGAAGUUUCUUGCCAUCAGACUUACAUUGGAGGGGUUCCUUGCCACCUCUCCAGUGCCAGGGCACCUUUUGAAGACGUUCUCUCUAAGCAAAGGCCACACACAGAGAACGCACAGCGUGUUCCUGAGGUAGACUUGGGUACCACAGUCAAUUGGGGUCGGGAGAAUUACCCUCACUAUUUCUAGUAUCACUUCCAACUACCAGUUCCUAUAACGUCGCCAGGCAGCUGCUGGAGUUGUGUAUCUUGGACACAGCGUCGGCCAGCAGCUGCCGACCACAGCUUUGUGAUAAAUGAGGUACAGAAAACAAAAAUUUAAAUCACCAGGUGCUUGGAGGCUGAAAAGGUAGUCAAGACUGAACUGUCCUAUUUGUUUCCAGACCACAGUUCUUGUAAUUUUUCAAUAACUGCUAUUUGAAGUCUGAUGUAAUUUUAUACGACCCUUGGGCACUGAAAUGACAAUGCCGUCACAUAAUUUAAGUUGUACAUUC